AUGAGUGAUAGAAAACUUUUAAGCUCUCCGUCCCUUAUUUUGGACAUCAAUCCUAAAUAUACGGAACCGUUCGCAACAGGUGUCCUCUGUAUUGGUAUCGGCUAUAUGUCUACAAAACUCACACCAUUAACACAGUUUUGGCCUCAUGAAUGGAUAAUUGGGGCUAAAGGCUAUAUGUCUACAAAACUCACACCAUUAACACAGUUUUGGCCUCAUGAAUGGAUAAUUGGGGCUAAAUUAGGGACACAAACCAAAGACAUGUGUCCCGAUUCACAAGUUAUUAAUCACAUGCCAUUUAAUCAUAUAAGCGAAGACCAGUUAAAGGAAGCACUGAACCAAUUUGUGGGAACGAAGGAACAGUUGAAUCCACCGUUUAUUAUAAAACCCAAUAUUUUAAUCGAAAAGGAAAGGAAAGCCAAGACCCAGAGGACUGUGGAGGACGAGCCCUCACCUCGACUGAGAACUUGUCAUAGCGUUGAGGUAUUGAGUUUCAAACCGCCAGACCUUAAGCUCCGUGUCGUAAGCGAUGGUUUCUUCUCUUGUCGGCGAUUGAUCCACGACUUGGGCGUUGAGCUGUCGAGUUGUGCUCACGUGACCGACUUAUGUCUCAACUCAAUGGGUGUCAUCAACAGAGAGGUCUGCCUUCAGAAAUAUGAACUUCAUUUAAACCAAAUGACUGAAGCGAUUGACAAAUACUCCAAACUCUGUUCUCGAGAUCUCAAGAAAUACAAAGAUCUAAAACCUGAUAAUCGAAGAUUCAUUUGAAUUUUAUAUUAAUAUUAGUUACGAAUAAAUCAUUUUACGGUUAAAAUUAAAC